AUGGCGGCGACGGACAGGGUAGGCGGUUCCGGCCCGGCCCCUCCCACGGUCACGUGCACGGUAGGCCCCGCCUGGGUCCUGCCCACUCCGCCCCUGAGAUUCCUGCGGACGCAGCUCCGGCCAGGUCUAGAGACCCCGAGCCUCCGCGUCCGCUCCACGAAAAGUCUGGGUCAGGCCAGACCCCCCAGCCUGGACAUGGCACCAGACACCUGCUGCUGCGCUCCUGCGGCCCUGCAGAGAAGGCUGCCCAUCCUGGCCUGGCUGCCUGGCUACUCUCUGCACUGGCUGAGGAUGGACUUCAUCGCCGGGCUGUCCGUAGGACUCACAGUCAUCCCCCAGGCGCUGGCCUACGCAGAAGUGGCUGGACUCCCGCCCCAGUACGGCCUCUACUCUGCCUUCAUGGGGUGCUUCGUGUAUUUUUUCCUGGGCACCUCCCGGGACGUGACCCUGGGCCCCACGGCCAUCAUGUCCCUCCUGGUGUCCUUCUACACUUUCCGAGAGCCUGCCUAUGCCCUGCUGCUUGCCUUCCUGUCUGGCUGCAUCCAGCUGGCCAUGGGGCUCCUGCGUUUGGGGUUCCUGCUGGACUUCGUCUCCUGUCCCGUCAUUAACGGCUUCACUUCUGCUGCUGCCGUCACCAUUGGCUUUGGACAGAUCAAGAACCUGCUGGGACUCCGGAACAUCCCCCGGCAGUUCUUCCUCCAGCUGUACCACACCUUGGUCCACAUCGGAGACACCAGGGUGGGCGACGCUGUCCUGGGGCUGGCCUGCAUGGCGCUGCUGCUCCUGCUGAAGCUGAUGGGGAAACGCAUGCCUCCUCCCCAUCCCGAGACGCCCUGUGGUGUCAGGUUCAGCCGUGGGCUGGUGUGGACUGUCACGACAGCUCGCAAUGCCCUGGUGGUCUCCUUUGCGGCCCUGAUUGCCUACUCCUUCGAGGUGACGGGUUACCAUCCUUUUAUUCUGACUGGAAAGAUAGCUGAGGGGCUCCCUCCCGUGCGGGCCCCACCCUUCUCGGUGACCACGGACAAUGAGACCGUCUCAUUCUCUGAGAUGGUUCAGGACAUGGGGGCCGGACUGGCUGUGGUGCCUCUGAUGGGCCUUCUGGAGAGCAUUGCUGUGGCCAAAUCUUUUGCGUCCCAGAAUAACUACCGCAUUGAUGCCAACCAGGAGCUGCUGGCCAUCGGACUCACCAAUGUGCUAGGCUCCUUCGUCUCCUCUUACCCCGUCACUGGCAGCUUUGGGCGGACAGCGGUGAAUGCCCAGUCCGGGGUGUGCACCCCGGCAGGGGGCCUGGUGACUGGUGCGCUCGUGCUGCUGUCUCUGGACUACCUGACUUCACUCUUCUACUAUAUCCCCAAGUCUGCCCUGGCCGCCGUCAUCAUCAUGGCCGUGGCCCCGCUCUUUGACGUCAAGAUCUUCCGGACGCUCUGGCGUAUCAAGAGGCUGGACCUGCUGCCGCUCUUCGGGACCUUCCUGCUGUCCUUCUGGGAGGUCCAGUAUGGCAUCCUGGCGGGGACCCUGGUGUCUCUGCUCAUUCUCCUGCACUCCGCAGCUAGGCCCAGGACCCAGGUGUCAGACGGGCAAAUUCUUGUUCUGCAGCCGGCCAGCGGCCUGCACUUCCCUGCCAUUGAUGCCCUCCGCGAGGCAGUGAUGACCCGGGCACUGGAAGUGUCCCCGCCACGCCACGCCGUCCUGGAGUGCACGCAUGUCAGCAACAUAGACUACACCGUGGUUGUGGGACUCGCUGAGCUCCUGGAGGACUUCCAGAAGCAAGGCGUCGCCCUGGCCUUCGUCGGCCUGCAGGUGCCCGUGCUGCGCACACUGUUGGCCGCUGACCUCAAGGGAUUCCAGUAUUUCACCACUCUCGAGGAGGCUGAGAAAUUCCUGCAGCAGGAACCAGGGACUCAGGCCCACAACAUCCCUGAAGACUCGGUCCCAGAGCACAGGGCCUCCCUGCUGAAGCCACAGUCGGGGCCCUGAAGGGCGGCUGGUGCAGCAAGGGUCUCUUGAAGGUGUGAGUGUUCGAGAGUGGGGCUGGAGAGCAUCUUCCAGAGAGAGACCACAUGAGGCAGAAGGAGCCCUGGCUUCCGGCCUGGGCUGGCAGGACAAGCUGCUGCUUUCCACAUCCCGGAUUCCUCUUUGGAAUUAGGCCCUGCUGCAGAUGGGCGGGAGACAGUCCUCUCAGAGAAGGCAGGCGUCUGAGCUGAAGAGGGGGCCCCAGGGUGCCACAGAGUCAAUUCUGUUUAACAUUGGGUGUUUCAAAGUGGAAGACAUCACUUUCGUGUUUCUGCAAAACAAAACAAAACAAAAUAUUAAUCCUUGUUUAAACAAAUCCAAGAACUCAUCUGCCUCAGUCAUUGUCCUUUUCAUCUGAGGUCCCUCCCCUGCCCAGGACAACAUGUGUGUGCCUGUCAGUGCACACGUGGUGACUGUCUCAGGCCAAGAGCCAAGUCACUACACCAACGUGCUUUGUAAACUGUCUUCACGCGCUCAUUUACUGUGAAUUAUUUAUUGUGAUGAUCAAUGGCAUUAAAUACAAGAUUUUUUAUUUA